CCUCAUUCCGCCAACUAACAGUAUUUGGCUGUUGAAGCCCGACUUAUUUCGUACCACUAGGCGUGCAUUGCAUCCUUAGUGAUGGCGAUGUCAUCAAUCGCGAUGUGAAUCUUUUUUCUAGUGUUAUAACCAAAUAACACGACCGAAGCAAGGUUGUCAAGUCCAGCUCGUCCAAAAGAAUGCUCUAGUGAGAGAUACUACUCCCUUGUUUUAUGGAGGAUUGCCGAUGGGGAAAGAACUUGAAGAGUAAAGAUGCUUUGAAAAGUUAUCUACGACGACUAAAUAAUUUGAAAAUACCUAUGGAUAUAUUUGGAGCUAAAGUGUUUGGGCGACGUUUCCUGGUCUGCAUCUUUCCAGAUUGCCAGUUUCCAAAUCAUACUGUCGAGGAGUAUCAGACUCACCUGAUAAACGACCAUUCUCCGGUGUUAGGUCAGACCCUCGACAAUAUCAAUGACAAUACUGAAGCAGAAUAGGGAGAAGAAGAUCCCGUAAAUGCGCCCUCCGCAGAUGAAGAAUUUUUCGAAGUGUACAUUACUUCCUUGUCACGAUGAUGCGUAAACGAGCUAAAAGAAAAACAUGAACAAGAUAUGGUAGAACUCCUUACGGUCGAAUUCCCUUCCC